AUCAAUUGUAUGUCUCAACAUACAGAUGACAGGUUGUUAUAAUGUUUAUAAUUUCUCCUAAAGGGUAUAAUUUUAAGAAAAAGAGGAUCAGGCUAAAACUGGACUGUGAGGUUCUCUGCCAAACAGAUUUUGUCAAACAAGAUUUUAGUAUUUUUAACCUAAAAGGUAUUUUAAAUAAAAAGGUCAGCUAGCAGCAUUCUGAUACUUGGUCACAUUUAACACAUUGGUUAAAAAGUUAAGAACCAGAUUCUAAACAUCAGUUCAGUUUGUUUAAACUGUAAAACUCCAGCUGCUCGUCACAGAAAGGAGGACUCGGACUAAAACGUUAGUUUUCGGUCAUCAUUUUAGAAAACUUAAAACCUAAAGGUGUUUUAGGUCUUUCUGUUGAACAUUGAGGCGUGAUGCUCAGGCUCCGCCCACUCAGCUCAGGUGUAGAUGUGAACUUUCAUGUUCUACCUUUUUUAUUUCCUCCUCAGGUUCAUGGACUCUGCAGCCAACACAUGGUUACCAUUGGUUACAGCAUGGAGUGCUCUGAUUGGACGGAUACUCUGCUGACUACACUGCCUCCAGGUGGGUCCAACCACCUGCAGUUMCUUGUUCUCCAGCAGUUUACCUGUGGUCACAGGUGUGUURAAUGUGUGUGUGUUUUAGGUCUCCUGUUAGGAUGUCACACUCUUCUGAUGAAGAUGGCCAGAAGAAGGCGGAGCUUACCAGCAGGAUGUGGUUGGACUCUGAACCAGGUCCAUCCAGGUGUCAGCCCAGCCAGCAGGGUUACUGUGGGUACUGCAGAGUCCUGUACAAUAACCUGGACCAGCAUCUGGCGAGUCUCAGACACCUGGAUUCUGUUCAGGCGUCCUCCAGAAGCUCCACCUCCACCAGCAACCAAAGCAGUCGGACACUGCUGGAGCGCUUCCUGCAGGACGUCCUCCAACACCACCCGCACCGCUACGACGACCCCAGACCGUCCCACUCGGACCUCCCAUCAGUCUCUGCACCCCCAGUGCCGAGGGCGGAGCUUGACGAACUCCGUUUCUCUGAUGACAGUCGGUCUUUAGGCACCAGAGAGCACCUGCCCAGUUCUGAUGAUGCGUCCCGUCAGCCAGCCAAUCAGGAAGAAGACCACAGCAUUUUCAGCCAAUCAGGAGAGAGGACAGAUGAGCACAGGGUUUCACCUACAUUCAGAGAGCAGGACAAUGAGGGUGCUGUUCCUGCUGGGUGCGCAUGUUCACCACGACUACAACCCCAAGCCCUGCCCCCUCAGCCUCAGGCCCCGCCUCCUCAGCCUCAGGCCCCGCCCUCUGUUCACAGAAAAGCCCAUAGGAAGACCAACCGGAGGAAACGCAGCGAGUCGUCGUCCUCUCAGGGCCGCAAGAGCCCGGUUCCCAAGCCCCACCAAAAGCAAGGWCCUAAAACACCCAAGGAGCCCCGGAUCCCUACGAAACCAACAGUCCAGUUCCCCUCAGACCCCAAACCCUGGCAGAGCUGGCAGAAGGAGAGGAGGGAGGCUCAGAAAGAGGAGGCAUUCUCAGACCAGAGUGACCUCCUGGACCAGACCAUUGAGAAGGUGAUCCAGAUGUGUUGCCACAGUACCRGUUCAGCUUCACACCAGCAGGAGGAGACAGAGAGCCUUCGUCUCAGCCUUCCCGUCUCCAUGGAAACACAGAGCGAGGACUGGGACUCACCUGUGCAGGUGCUGUUGCAACGAGGGGGAGAGUGCACCGCCCCACCUGUCCAGGUGACCCCGGAGGAUGGCUGGGACGUCAGCCGUCUCAUGGACGUCCAGGUGGACAUGGAGGACCCGGUGUACGUUAAACAGCUAGACUCCGCCCUCCUCGGCGGUGGAAUGAAGCAGGAGGAGGGGUUCUGGAGUCUGCCCAUAGACGAGGUCCUGCCGGUCCCAGAACAUAUCCCAAAAUCUUUCCGGGGGAAGACAUGGACCCAGAUCGAGCAGGAGGACGAGGAGAAAGUGGAGAAAAUAGUUCAACAGUUCAGACGAGGACGAUUCAUCUGCUACUUUGACACGGAGUCCCUGGCCAGGUAUGGUAGGAGGAGCCAAAAGAAGGUGGAGCUCACUAACACCAAGGAGGAGGAGCCAGACACAGUUGUGCUGCCCCUGAUGGACAGAGACGAUGAUGACUCUGUUUAUGUGAGGAAGAGGAGGAGGCGGAGCUUUAGACUGGCAUCCAGGUGUCAGGUGGUCAAAGUGAGCCACAGCACUCAGACCGUUCGAUUGGUUGUUCCAGCUGUCCAUCACCUGUUUCCAGAGACUCCGCCCAUCAGAAUGCCUGCAGCUAAUCAGAAGACACCCGAGACGCAGCCGUGGCAUUGUCUCCCUUCAUCGUACUCCAACAUMGUCACACCCGUGCAGCCAUCCACAUCGCUCGUCUACCUGCUCUGCUCCCCUUCAGGCUCUGCCACCGCCGCACCAGAAGGCUCCACCCMCAAGCGUAGCAGGAGGCGGCGGCGUCCCGUUGACCUGCAGGGAGUAAAGGUCAAAUAUAAAAAGCUACCUGUUAGGUUCUACGAGCCUGGCACGAACCGCAUCCUGAAGAAACCCCCUAAAGGCUUGAUGUGGAAAAGAGGCUCCGCCUCCUCAGGCCUGUCGCUGCCAUGCGUUCGUCAGCUGUUCCGUAGUCUAAGUCCAGAUCUCAACAGUGAUCUGCCGCAGGGUGACAGACCUAAAGGGGGUACUAGAGACUCAGCUCAGAAUGUGAGGAGGCGGGGAAGGGGGCCUCAGACUCCGCUCACUUCCCUCCAAAGCAGAUCAGAGCAGGUAAGAGGAGGAAGGUCACGCCUCCCGCCCUCCAGCAGAAGAACCAGGGUUCAAGCCCCGCCCCAACAGCCUAGAAGGGAGGGUUUGCGACGAACAGCUCUUGCUAUAAAACUUAGGCCCCGCCCACUUGCUAUUUCGCAGGCAGCAGAGACAAAGAGAGCGAAGCAGUGAGAAGGGGGCCGGUAGCUAUUUACCUGACCAGGUGAAAACAAAUACAAAUCAUUACUGUUCUGUACAGAAGCCUGCUGGGGCCAAAAAUUCAACUGGCACAAUAAUUUUCAACAAAAAGCAUUUUGUUGUUUUGAGAAAUCAAAAGUAUUUAUUUUUCUUUCAGCACAGAACAUUAAAAGUUUAAACCAAAACCUAAUUUUACAUUUCAAGUAAAUAAUUUUUAUUAUCUGACAUAUUUUGAGGCUUUCAGGAUUUAUUGCUUAUACAGAAAUAAAGUAAAAAUGACUGUUUUAAAAUAAGAACAUUUAUUAUCUUAUUUUUAAACAUCUACAGUUUGUUGUGUAUCAUGACAGUGAAGAAACAAAUYAAUUUGUAAACUGUUUUUAUGUAUUUACUAUAAAAACUGUUYAAACUAUAAUUUUUUUAAUAUCAAACACGUUUCUUUGAAAGUUGAUGCUGUUCACCUCACCGUACGGUAACUUUGGCAGCUGUUUCCAUGGAAACACCGAUACCUUUUCACAGGUGUGCUGGUUUGAUACUUUUUUAAUUUUUUGUGUUUACUGAAAUGUAAAAGAAUUUAUUCUAAAUAAACGGUUAAAUAACCCGAA